UUUGCCGUAUUUGCUAUUGAAAUUCUGCUAAAAUUUUAAUAGAGUUAGUAUGACCGGACUUCUGCAUAGAGUGUUUGGAAAUACAACUACGUUCUGCACCAUCGAGAUCAGGUAAUUUAAUGUUCUUUGGUGAUUCUGAUUCUAGUAAAGAGUUUGAUUCUCCUUUCACCCUCUUUGAUUUAGAUCUAAGUCCUCUGAAAGAGGUUAGGUCUAGGAGUGAGAGUGACAUAGAGCAUGAAUUAGAGUUUAUUAAAGAUCCUGAUUACAUCCCACCUCUUACUCCGUGCAGUGAAAGCUACGAAACAGAAGAUAUGUCAUUAGAGGAAACAUUGACUAUUGGGGGGAGUGAGGAAGUUAAGAUGGUGGAGGAAGUUAGCAUAAGAACUGUGUUGUUUGGGUCAGAAAAGACGAUGGAAGAGGUGGGAGGUGAAGAGGGAGUUGAAGGAAAGGGAGUUCCUUCGAAUAUUUUGGAGGUUAAGGGUGUGUGUGAAAGGUGUUAUGAUGUGGAGGUGGACAUUGUGUUUGAAGUGAUGGGGUAUGAGACAGAAUGGCCGACAAGUGAUAGCCUUGUUUACUUAGUUGAAACCUAUGACCUUCCUCUCCAAGUUGAAGGAAAGGGAGUUCCUUCGAAUAUUUUGGAGGUUAAGGGUGUGUGUGAAAGGGUGGGAGUAAGAAAGAGAAAGGCUGGUACUAUUUUACUCCCCGAGUGUCCAAUAAGGACAAGAGGAACUUGUUUAGUGUUAGGCCAUCAUCCAUCAAGGAAUAGAAGGAAAAAUUCCUUUUUAUUGAUGAUACUAAGUGGGGGAGGAGGGAUGCCGAAGUGGGAUGCCGAAGUGGAAUUUUUGUCCACUUGGAAGGCAAAGAAGGUGAACCAGAAUAAAUAUAGUUUAAAUGAGGAUGAGGAGGAGGAGGUAAAGAAGUUGGUGAGAGAAGAGGAUGAUUUCAUAUACAUCAUGUAUCUCACCAGCUUAGAUGUUGUGGAGGCAGUUGAGCUUUAUGAGGUGAACUCAUUAAAGAUGGACAAGUUUCUUGCUGUAGUUGGAGGGAUGGCAAUUCCCAAGAAGUCAAAGACUUCAGCUGCAACAGUUGCUACAAGUCAAGGGGGUGAGGAUGUUGGGCCUGCUCAGAAGAGGAUGAAGGUGGAGGAGCAAGAGUGUAGGGGGGAUAAGGUGGUGGACUUCAUACUUCGUCCACCCCCAAUUCAGCUCAAUCUCGAACUCAGGGACGUUGGGGUUAUAACCCAUUCAAAAGGGAAGUCCCUUGUGCCUACUCCUUCACAACAAGGUAGCUUGUUUGACACCAAAAGUAUGAUAACUGUGAAGAGGUUUAUAAACUCAACUUUCCCUGAGGUGGAUUGUCGUCGAGCUCAGGAAGAGGUGUUGGGCCACAGUGGAGUUGGGAUUGUGAAGCACAUCCUUAAGGAGUUUUUUGAAACCCUCAAAGAGCGUAACAUUUUAGUGAAGGAGAAAGAGGAAUUGGGGAAGAAGAAGGAAGAGGUUGAGAAGGAUUUGGCGAAGCUUCCUACAGUUAUUUUAGCUUUCUCAGACUGUAGAAAAAAGGUGAAAGCCCAACAUCCUAAACUGGAUGUGAUUGGCAUCACCUUCGGGGAGCAAGAAGGAAGAGUGGAUGAAGAUGGAGAGAAGGGAGAACCAAAAGCUAGAAGUGCUGAGGUCGAAGGUGCCGAAGUUGCAGAGAACGAACUUGAGCAAGAAAUCGAUCAGCACCCUCCACCAGAAGUGGACCAGCCACCUCCUCCAACCCAAUAGCAUACUUUGUUUUUCUAACUUCUUCCUUCUUGUGCUAAAUUCUAAACAAUUGUUUGCUUUGUUUAAGAUGUUUUGUAACAUUUAUUAACAAUUUAUUUAUAUAUUUGAGAUUUGUUUUGAACAUUUAUGUAUUUUUGUUGUGUAUGCUUCAAGUAGAAAUUGAAAGGAAAUUACCUUGAAUAUAAGGUGAAAUUCAUU